UUGUGAGGCGGGCGAACCAACAGCGGAGAAUAAGAACGGAGCGCUCGUGAAGGCAAUGGGAUGGGUGCAGUUUCGGCAUGACGCAUCCAGCCCGCGGACCGGCAGUUUGACAUGCCUGAGUUAACCAUAGGUAUUCAUUUCAGAGUUGAGAACAGUAUGGUUCUAGAAAGAAGAUGGGCUCCACUCGGUUAACUGCAAAAGAACUAUGUGAAAAUGAUGAUCUUGCCACAACGCUAAUUCUUGACUCUUACCUUGGCUUUAGGACUCAUAAAAUGAAUGUAAGCCCACUCCCAGCCAUCAGGAGGAAGCACCAUUUACGGGAGGCAGUAGAAGCUUUCCGGAAGCGCAAGGACCUAGAAGCAGCAUAUCAAGCCUUGAUGCAGGGUGGCUGGGCCUGCCAGUAUUUUGCAAACCGGAGCCAUCAGCAGGAAGCUGCCUUCAAGAGUCAUAUUUUUCGGUACCUUCGCAUUUUCCUUCCUGAGAGUGGUUUUGCCAUCAGACGCUGUAGUCGAUAUUCCUUAGAAAUAAAUGGAGCCCAGGUAGUGUCUACAAAGUCAUGGAGAAAGAAUGAUAAACUGGAGCUUUUAGAGGGCUACAUUGCAGAACUGACAGAACCCGACGAGAGCCUUCUCCGAGCAGGUGAAAAUGACUUCAGCAUCAUGUACUCCACUCGGAAACAGUGUGCCCAACUUUGGCUAGGGCCUGCAGCCUUCAUUAAUCAUGACUGCAGACCAAACUGUAAGUUUGUCCCAAUGGAUGGGAACACGGCUUGUGUCAAGGUGCUGCGGGACAUUGAGCCAGAUGAUGAGAUCACAUGCUUCUAUGGCGACGGCUUCUUUGGGGAGAACAAUGAAUUAUGCGAAUGCCACACUUGUGAAAGGAAGGGGGAAGGAGCUUUUCGCCUUCUGAAUCAGACACCAUUGGUAGCUACCUCAGUCAAUGAGAAAUACCUACUGAGAGAGACAGAUGGCCGUCUGCAGAGGUGGAAAAAGCAGUCUUGCAAACAUGCUCAACGUAAUGUGAAAGCAGGACACAAAGCCCGGCGCAGGAAAUCACAAUUACAUGGUGCUGUACACAGAUAUACCACUCGCUGGUACCUUAAGAUGCUGAAGCCUUUACACAUCCCAUUGCACAACUGCUUGGCCUGCAGAGCACGUGGAUGCAAACUCCGUAAGCAGCCUCUGGUGUGUCUGCUUCCUUGUCCUCCUCCUCUGUUGCCUGUAUUGCACCUCAGGCAGUCUUUGAUAAACAAGAAUUGCCACCCUGAGACGCAGCAAGACUGCUCUCUUACAAAGAUGCACAAUGGCCCUGAAAGCCCGGGCGUGGCCAAUCAGGGCAGCCUGGUAGUGAAUCUCGGGAAGAGAAUUCCCUUGGACUGGGCAAGGUUUCAUAGGGAAGUAGCGUGUGACAUUAAAGAAGAAAAACUUUCUAACACUAACGAGGAGUUUAGCCAGGGGACCGAGGAAUAUGAUUCAAAGGAUAUGGAGGAAAGUCAUGCUGAUGUUAAAGAAACCCAUGAAUCAGGAUCUGGGGUUCUCCAUUCAGGAAAGCUAGUCCCCUUUGAUUCUUCAGGUUCUCUUUCAUCCAGUCAGUUUUUGUGCAGAACAAGAAGCAUGGCUCAGUGCCAAGCUCACGUUUUGCCCCAAUCUCAGUUGUCAUUACCAAUGGUAGACCCCAAGCUUUCCCAGUAUGCUCACGUCCGCCUGGAAGGCCCACUUUUUGGAGGCAAGCAGUGCUGGCAGCAGCUCCCUUCAGACAACGUGGAGAAGGAACAAGCCGAGGAACAGCAUCUUCCUAAGCGGAUGGUUUCCUUUCCCCCUUUUGUGCCACCCAAACGGCUUCGACUGGUAGUGAGCCAUGGUUCCAUCAACCUUGAGGUAGCUGCAAGCUCCUGCGAGGAGAUGUCCUGAUCUGGCUGAACUCCUGUGACUGAAAACGAGACUUUAGCUUCUUAACUGAAUUUACCCAUGAAAACCAUCUACCAGAAUUUGCCUGAAAUUAUCCAUCUUUUUGUUGUGCCCUUCUCCCCAUCACCUUGUGUGGGUUGAUAACAUCUCUUCUGAAGUAAUGUCCCCAGUGGGCACAAGGCUGCCUGUGCUAAAAACGCCUUGUGUUCCACUCCUACUUUUUUCCAUUGAAAUUGAUAUUUCAGUUAUCUUUCCAGAGUACUUCCUUUAUCACAUCCUCACGAUUCCUUUAAAAGAAUUGUUCUCCACUACUUUGCCAAACUUUACUGUAUAGUCUUGAAACUUAAGCCAUAUAGUAGACUGCAUGGAUUGCCUCCUGGUCUUUUCUUUGAACUCUACUUUCUCUCCCACCGAGUCCUUUCACCUCUCUACUCGAUAUCUCCAUGCUCUGGUUUAUGCACUGUAAUUAUAGACUGCUUGACAGAUGGACAUGGUAUUUUGGCAUUUAUUGUCCCUACAGAGUGAGGCAGAAUUGGUGAAGUGACUUGUGGAGAAAAGAAAACCAGCAUCUAAUCAGGGAAGUCUCUUUAAAACUUAUUGCGAGAAAACCAGCAACCAGAAGUGCACAUUGGCAUGCAGCCUAAACAGUUCAGUCCAUUUAGCCUGAAGGCUGUUUUUUUGCUAAACAGCCUUAUAUGGGGGAUUAAAUUGUUCUUGCUCCUCUUCUUUUGCCGUCUCACUGUUCGGAUGCCUAUUGUUACAAGACAUCUAAUUUUCUAGUUUUGGAAGCUACUUUUAUAUUAGUUAUUUUGCGUGACUUAUUUCUUCUCCCAGCUAGAGUUUUAAACAGGUGUCUACUGGGCCUUUUUAGAAUCUUAAUGAACUUUAAAUAUUCAGGUGUUUUAUAUUUGAUAAAGUUGAGCUGCUUGGCUCAGGGGCAUUGUGAUAAAGGGGCUUCAUUUUGUAAGAGGCUGAUGAGCAGGAUAAAAGUUCUACUCGGUUUAAUGUGGCCUAACUCAGUUCAAAGUCACACAUGGUAAGUGGAUUUGCUGUAUAUUUCUCCCACUCAGUUUACCAUGACAGGACUUUGAACAGGUAGGGCACAUUCUGGUGUUAGAAAUCUGAAUGCAAGGUAUAUGGGGAGAGAUGGUGGCAAUUGAAUGGGUGAAAUGUUGCAAUUCAAGCUUUUCCUUUAAGUGCUUGCUUUGUUUUAAAAUUUUGUGGAAUCCUUUGUGGUGUUGACUUUGGAUACAUAUCCAAGAGUCUUAGAACAGUCUGGUGUUCCUUUUCCAACUCAUUCCUUUUCUGUUUGUUUGGUAUUGUAGUUUGGUGCAGUUAGUGUUAGAGAAGCUUGUCCAGCCAAGGUUCUUUGAUCUCUGAAGUUGGAAAAUCUGAAUUUUAGAGCUUUUAGAGUAGCAACUAGUUUGUCUGGCAUGCAUUUUUGGACUGACAUACAUAAUGUAUUGCAAUUGUGGGUUUUUCAUUGCUCUGCAAAACAGGUGCUGAUUCCUGGGAAACCACUGUAAUUUUGUAAGUAGUUUAUAGCUAUUAGCUUUGAAGAGAAAGGACGAGCUGAUGCUGUUCAACCUGUCCUGAGAACGAAAUCUUAAGAAUAACCAUAGACAACGCAUACUUAUGUAAAAAUAUCACAGAAACAAUACAGAUACAGAGACAAUAGAACAGUUUUCCACAAAUUGAUUGGAAAGGCAUAACAAUAGCAUAUUUUGGUAACCAUUUGAGUAUUUACCUAUGGGUGAUUCAUAUUGUCCAGAAUUACCAUUGUCUAUGGACAUUCUUCCUUUUGCUCCCAUGGAUUUAUAUGAAAAAAGAUAGUUUAAAAAAUGUUAGUGAGCUUAAUAAAGGUGGUCCUCAAUUUAUGACCAUAAUUGAGACUAGAAUUUUGAUCGCUGAGUGAUGCAGUCAUAAAGUGAUGUAAUGUGACCACAUUACUCAGUGACUGCAAUCUUGGUGAUUCUUGUUGCUGCUGUUAAGCAAAUUUUACUGGUCAUUACUCAAAGGCCCACCCCAGGAUUUGUCCCUGCCAGACCUGAGCCUCAAUAAGGUAAAUUCCACCAACCUGCUUAGCUCUUCCUCCCCGCCCUCCUUCCAAUCUCUGCACUUUGGGCUGUCCUGUACCCUGCUCCCAUUCCAGUUGCCCUCGCCAUCCUGCACUCUGAGACCCCCACUGCCCCAGCUGACCUUUGCCGCCAUCUUCUUGCUUCCUUUGCUUACCCACCCUGGCUAUUGGGCUGAUCUGGGACUGUCUUCAAGGUGGGGGAAAAAAGGGAACCAAGUCCAUUCCAGAGCUGCAGUAUGCCAAAUGCGCUGUGUUCCUGAGCCAAACGGGGCUGGCUUUGUGCUAUAAAAGGGAAAAAGUAUGAAGUAGCUGCUGAAAGGGGCUGCUUCGCAUUUUUUCUUUUACACAGCAGAAAGCCAGCCCCAUACAUCCCAGAACAUGGUGCAAAGGGGCGCUUUGGUGUGCUGUGGCCCACCAAAAUAUCCCUUUUAAGCUGCUUUGUCCUUUUCCUGAGCACAAAGCUGGCCCCAGACCAGGCAUACAUUGUCAGUAGUGGAGAGAGAGAGAAAAAAUAAAGUCAACUGGGACAGCAGAGCACAGGGUAGCAGGGGGCCAAAUGGGAAUUGGGGGGGUAUAGACAGUGGAAGGAGUUGAAGUGCCCCUGUGGUGGUAGGUGUGGGCAGGCUGCUAACCACCUGAAGUUUGAUUAUGGGGGCAUGCAAUGGCUGUAACUUUGGGCAUGGAUCAUAAGUCCCUAUGUUCCACUUCGUUGUAACCUUGAAUGGUUGCUGAACAAAUGGUCGUAAGUCAAGGACUAUGUGUAUCACAUUGCUCACUAAAAUAAUUGAGACGUUGUACAUCUUUUCCUGUUCUGUAAGCUUGCUUUAUAUGUGUGAAAAUUUAAAUAAGGCACUUUUUUCUUUCUCCAAAGUUCUGUACAUUAGUAAUCAUUUUAUAUUUCAUAAUAAUUAUUCCAUUGAUUUCUUAUUAAUUGCACAUUGUUGGUUGUGUCACAGAAUGUGGGGUUUGCUAUGUAUGAUUCUACUAUUAAUGCCUAUAUGUGAGUGUCUAUGAGAAUAGUUUUGACCUAAAUGUGAGAUGAUGUCUCAUUAGUUUUUGAAUUUUAAAGAGACUUCUACAAGAUGUGCAUUUUCUGCACAGCAUAGAUGUACGUACUAAAAAGAAGUAGAGGUUUUAGUGGUUUUUCUGAGUUUGUGGCUCCUAUUAACACGGGCGCCCAGACUUGCUUUCUUGUUUGCUACUUUCCACUUAUGGAUGUUCCAUGUUAGUUAAUAGUUGGAGACUAGUGGCACAGCCUUUAGAUAGUGAUGGUAAUGGGGGGAGGGGAGAGAGGAACAAAGAGGGCAAGAUGGUCAAGGGUUUUGUGUGGGGAAAGGUCAGGGGUGGGAAGGGUGGAUAUUGCUAGUCAGGAUACUGUACACUCUCUGUGAAAAGACAGGCUGGGGCUGAGGUUUCACCUUCCCGUGCCUCUCUUUUCUCCAUCUUUCCUGGUGGGUUUAUGGUUUGUGCUACCUUGCUUGGGAAGGGAAGCAUCAAGGCAUUCUUGCAUCUCUGACUUCAGUCUUCUUUCAGUCCAGUGUCCGUUAAGUCCUGUCUUUUCUUCUUCCACUUUCACACUUUCAGAUUUAAAAAAAACAUACGUGUUCUCAUGAGGUGGAGUGGUAGCAAAUCCAGUUGUUUAUUUUGUUGUAGCAUCUUGUAUGGGUAGGUUUUAAAAUCAGCCUCUUCAGCUCCAGCCUCUGCUUGUUUCCCAGAUAAUACCAUGGUUUAUUACAUUGCUUCUUCCAUCUUUUAUAAGACUUUUCAAAAAUGCUUUUGAAGUGGAGCCACUGUAUCCCCAUUUCAAAAGAAAGAUUGAAUUCCACUUCUCCAUAAAAGUUAUGCUCAGGAGGGUAUGUUAAGAUACCUUGAUUUUCACACAGAUGGGAAAAAUAAGUAGCCUGGACACUAGGGAAGGUCUCUGGUUGGCUGGGUUCCUCAGGGAGUGGUUUGGUAGAAGCCUGCAUAUAAUUUUCCUCCCCAGGUUUUAACCACAGUAUAUCAGUCCAACUACCUGCCUUUUGUGGUGGGGUCAUUACAAACUUGCUUCAUUAAGAAACAAAUCACUCAGUCCAUAAUAUGCACUAACUAGGAUUGUGGGGAAUUUGCUCCAUUGUACUACCCCGUCUCUCCACAUAUUUGCAAUUCUUUAUUUAAAUGGGGGAUUUUUCCAAACUUCAGCAUCCAGAAGAGAGGAGAGUCCAAAGGGGUAACGUGGGGCAUAUUUUCAGGGGUGUGUGUAUUCUGAAAAAAAAAAAGUAACAUAAACCAAGCUCUGAAUUUACAUGAAUUGUGAAAAUAAAUUAUUGGGGCCUUUUUUGUACCAUGGGCAAUAUGUUAUAGGAAAAAUUGAUUAGUGUGCCCCAUCUAGCCUAGCUGGUCUAUAUCUUUACAAAUCUGUCAUCCCAGUGUCAAGGGGCCAGGACUUGUUAGAUGGAAGAAGUUAAACAGGACCCGCACUCAAACUCAAAUCUGGCAUUGGUACAGCGUGAUUGAGUGCACACAGCCCUGGGUGUAUAUUAGUUUGGUCUGAGCAGAAGGAGAGGGUGGGGUGGGGGUAAGGGGGUUGUCUGUAUUUUUAAUGGUGCUAUAUUUGGAAGGGUUGAUGGAGGUUACUCUCAGCUCCAAGUGUGGAAAUUUGGGGCCUCAGGGUAUUUCCUGCCCCAUGAUCAGGCCGGUAUCCUGAAGUGGGGUAAAGGCAGAAAUGUCUGUUUGUAUUUUUAAUGGUGUAUGUUGGGGGAGGGGGUGCAUAAUACUUUUUACUUGAUUGAAAUAAACUCUUUUAAAACUUC